AGAGCACACAGCAUGAGACGUGGACACUGAAGGGACUAACUGCCUGAAGGAUUAUAUAUUCUUUACACUGUGCUGGAUUAAAACUUUCCUGGAAAACAACAUAGUGAGUGGUGGUAUGCUGGCUGACUCACUUCAAACAGAGUUUAUGGCCCAGGGUGUCUCCACAACAGAACCGCUUCCAAAGACGAGUGUGCUUCUUGAGAAAACUUGAAGCUUUCCUCCAUCCUCACACAGGUGUAGAAAUGGUUGGCAUGAAACCCAAAGACGUGGUGCCCUCUGCGACAGUUAAGUUCUUCGGAGCAGGCACGGCGGCCUGCAUUGCUGACCUUGUCACCUUUCCACUGGAUACCGCCAAAGUCAGACUACAAAUUCAGGGAGAGUCUCAGAAAGUUGAAGGGGCCAGAGAAAUGAAGUAUCGUGGGGUGUUCGGCACCAUCACCACCAUGGUGCGCACAGAGGGGCCCAGGAGUCUGUACAGCGGACUGGUGGCAGGACUCCAGAGGCAGAUGAGCUUUGCCUCUGUCCGAAUUGGCCUCUAUGACUCCAUGAAGCAAUUCUACACUCGGGGCACUGAGAGUGCUGGGGUUGUUACACGGCUCAUGGCGGGCUGCACCACUGGAGCCAUGGCUGUGGCUUUUGCACAACCAACAGAUGUGGUGAAGGUGCGUUUCCAAGCCCAGGUACGACUGGCUGAUGGUGGGAGGAGAUACAACAGCACCCUGGACGCCUACAAGACAAUUGCCAGGGAUGAGGGAAUGCGAGGCCUCUGGAAAGGUUGUAUGCCCAACAUCACCCGUAAUGCCAUUGUAAACUGUGCAGAGCUGGUGACCUAUGACAUAAUCAAAGAACUCAUCCUCAAGUAUGACCUAAUGACAGACAACCUGCCGUGCCACUUCACUGCUGCCUUUGGUGCAGGCUUCUGCACAACAGUAGUGGCUUCCCCCGUGGACGUAGUCAAAACACGGUUCAUGAAUUCGACAGAGGGCCAGUACAGGAGCGCUAUCAACUGUGCUCUCACCAUGAUGAGAAAGGAAGGACCCACAGCCUUCUAUAAAGGGUUCAUGCCUUCUUUCCUGCGACUGGGGUCAUGGAACAUUGUGAUGUUUGUGACGUAUGAACAAAUUAAAAGAGGUAUGACCAGAACACAACAGUACUGGGAGUCACCGUUUUGACCUCACCUCGUCACACUGCUUCUUCAGACAGAGCCGCAUGGACACAACAGCCUAACCUUCACCACGAUGCAGUGGUGACCCAGGGUUGGAAAGGAAUGUAAAAAAGACUCAUGGUAGGAAGCUGUAGCACAGAUUCUGAGGGCAUCGUUGCAAUGCCAGACCGAAACAAGGACUCAAGUGCAAGGAGACGUUGUAAUGGUACCUCCAUUACAAAGAUGCUUUCUCAGGUGAAAAAGAUGGACGUGAAAUUGUAAUUCCAGAAGGUUUCUGAAUGUUUUAUCUCUUUCCAACAUAUGUACUUAAACCUUAAUCAGCUGGCUGUUACAUGGUUUAAAAGAUGGAUUUCUGUGUUUACAAGGAUGAACUGUGAGAUAAUGAAUAAUGUUGCAACAUGAUUGUAUUUGUUGUUCAGGGUUUUUUGUCUGGCAACACAGACCUAAAUAGUGACCACUUCUAUUGUCCUUAUGUUGCUUGUUGUAUUGUGGAUUGUUUAACAUGUUUACCUUGUUUGUGCAUGUGGAAGGGUUUAUAGGUAAAUCAAUGUCCUGUUUAUUGUAAAUAGCAUGAUUUAUUGCUGGUCAAUAAGUGAUAAAUAUGUCGUGCACAGUGACAAAUGAUGCCAAAAUUAAUAAAGAAAGUCCUUUAUUAAUCAUA